AUGGUGGACAAGAGCAGUAAGAGAAGGAAUAUCAAUGAAAUCAUAAUUCCGGUGCCUGUUCUCAGUGCAUUUUUGAUGUUUUUUCUAAUUUUACAAUUGGUUCUGCUCUUCAUCUUGUUCUCAUCAUUCAACAAGGAUUUUAAUAAUUUUUUGAUAGUCGAACCAUUGAAUGAGCAUGCUAUUCAGCCGCUCAAUUAUAAUUCGUCUUUCCCUAGUGCAGGAGUAAGCUUCAUUCUUCCAAUUAAUUUGAUUGUUUUGCGCAUAAAUGAUUUGCCUGUGCUCAUUCAAGAGAUGACGACAGAGAUUGAGAUAUGUGGACUGCAUACGGGAUUCUUGCUCAUCAAAGAGGAUUAUCUGAUAUCUGGACCUCGCAUUGCUAUCACCUUCUAUCCCCACGUCAAACUGUUUGGAUCAGCAGCACAUUUCAUAAUGACAGAUGUAAUGGAUGUUGCUAUACGUGUAAAGCUGUCAAUGAUGAUAUCCAUAAAUGGAUUUCGAAAAAAAUAUUCAGAAGAUAUACUGUAUAAUGUAUAUAUGAACAUCUCACUCGAAGGCUUUGAGCAGAUUCCUUUUAAGGAUGAUGAUUCGCAUCUGAAGAGAUCAAAGACGAUUCCAUUUCGUAAAAUGCUACUAGACAUCGCUUUUAUCAUAAAAAUUUUCUUCGCUCUUAUCCUUUUUGCUUUCAUAUACAUGAAGCUCAAACACGAAUUAACACCUAGUCCUAUCAAACUGUUUCUUAGUUACACAAAUGGCACAACAAUCACAAAUACAAGCAUCUUGCGAGCCAGUGCAAACGAUCCAUCCAUACAAUCAGAGAUGCUAUUUCAUUUUUCUGUAGAACUUCGACAGCCCAUUAAUCAAACGACUAUUAUUCAAUCUAUUGAAGUGCAUUCAGAAAGUGAUGGCCGAGUAACAAGAAUGACAAACUACAUGAGCAGCUAUCUAUUCAAUGAGACAUCAACUAUCUUUGAUCUAUCUGCACGUCUACGAUUAUCAUUAACAGAGAAUCGUCAAUGUUUUGAUGUGGAUGAGCCGGAUGGCUUUAUUCAAUUUGCUACUCAGAUCUUUAUUAACGUAGGCGAAGGUAAAGCUCAACGUAUUGGAUUUUCGAACAAGCAACACUUCAAAUCGUGCUGCGUUCGCUUUUGCACACCUUUUUAA